AUUUGUUAUCAUUGCUAUCAUUCGGUAUUCUCUCUCCCUCAGUCCCUUAUAUUUUCUCCUUCGUUUUUACAUGGGUUUUGGACCGUUAAUACCCUAAUCAAAUCUCUCUCCAACAUUUUUCCUUGAUUUUCCUUUCUGGGUCUGAAUUUUCCCUCGGAAUCAAUCUUUCCUCGCAGUUUCACUCGUUUAUUGAUCUGGGGAUCUCUCAGAUUUCAAAAUGGGGAAAAAUCAAGCAUACAAAGCUAUGCAGAGAGCGAGACUUGGCUCGAGCUCUGCCGGCCCGGAAGAGAUCGAAGACGGCAUGGUGGAUGGUUCUUUUCAUUCACCAGAGUGGCAUGCUGCUCGUUUGGCCAGCCUUAAAACUUCUCACACGAUUACAUGGGAAGAGUUCAAGCAAAAGCAAAAGGAAGAUGAAAUGAAAAAGGGAGAACUGGAAGCUGAUACAGAUAGAAUGAUGCGAGAAUAUAGAGCUCAACUUGAUGCUGAAAGGGCACGAAAACUUGCCCAUGGAAGAAACCACUCAAGUAGUAAGUCUAAUCAUAAAAAAGAUAAAAAGGACAAGGAUUUAAAGAAACGGAGCAGCAGGAAGAGAAAGCAUUCAAGGCGAAGAUCUUCAGAUUAUAGCUCGUCAGGUUCAUCCUCUGAUUCUUCAAGUAGCGAUGACGAGGAGAGAGAAUCAAGAAGGUCGAAGUCCAGAUCAAAGAGAACAAAGAAGGAAAAGAAGCACAGAUCGAAAUCCAAGCGCUCCAGCAGUGAGGAUGAAGAGGCUGAUGGUCCUGUGCCGCUUUCAAGAUUCUUUGGGAGCAUGAAGAGCUAACUUGGUGUUUGAAAAUGGCCUCUCCCACAUACUUCAUACAAAUCUCUUCCUAGAAAAGGAAAUCAGUGGCAGCCAUUUCUCAAAUUUUUUUCCAGAACGAAUUUGCUUUAAGCAAAUGCGAGUAGAUUUAUCCAUCAUCAUCACGAAUAUUGUUAUUAUUAUUAUUAUUAAAAUCACCGAGAUUGUAAUGAUAUUAUUUUGCUUCCAUAUUCUUCCUCCUAAAUCUAUUUCAUUUCAGUUCCUUUUGGGCAUUAGGCUGUGUUUGGUGGGAGAGAGAAGAAACAAUUUUCUCAUUUUGUGCUCAGUGGAUGUAGUACAGGAUAAUCAGUUCUGUUUUGUAUCUCUUGGAUGAAAUUGGAUUUGUAGAAAUGACAAUAAUUUCAUCAUCUUAUCUUUCAUUUGAAUUGUAGAAAUUGAAAAUUUGAUAAUGAGAUCUCUUACCUCUGUUUGGAUGA